AUGUUCCAGGCUGCAGGAGCCACCCAGGCCACCACUCCCUCUCAUGAAGCCAAAAGCAGCGGUGGGAGCAGCACUGUUCAGCGCUCCAAGUCUUUCAGCCUCCGGGCCCAGGUGAAGGAGACCUGCGCUGCUUGCCAGAAAACGGUGUACCCCAUGGAGCGGCUGGUGGCAGACAAGCUCAUUUUCCACAACUCCUGCUUCUGCUGCAAGCACUGUCACACCAAGCUCAGCCUGGGCAGCUACGCUGCGCUGCAUGGAGAGUUCUACUGCAAACCCCACUUCCAGCAGCUGUUUAAGAGCAAAGGCAACUACGAUGAGGGGUUUGGCCGGAAACAGCACAAGGAGCUCUGGGCCCACAAGGAGGUGGACUCCGGCACUAAGACAGCCUGA